GCCAGCGACUUUCACCCCCGCACUUUUUCCCUUUCCAGCUAUUUUCUUUUUAAUUAUUUGUAAUAUUCUUUAAUCAAUCGCCAAACUCUUUCAUGAAACUCUUGACUGUGUCUUUUAAAAUUGCCUGCUUUAUUUCAGUCAGGCAUAGCGACGUGCUUCUAUUUCCCAGUCCUUAAUUUUCAGGGAGCUACAAUAAAGCUUUAAAUGUAUUGUCCUUUUUUUCAUUGAUUAUUUUUUGUAAUGAGUUCCCCACGGGAGGAAGACGAGCUUUCACCUGCAUUGGACGUCAUCAUUCAGAAGCUGAAGGAGUCUGUGCUUGACCUAGAGGGACACUCAAAAGAGACUCUGACUGUCCCAGGACAUGAAUCGGGCUCUGGAGCGGUAUCGGCGCCUGUCUCGACCCUCGUCCGCCGGAUCAUCACCUGUAACCUGGCGGGUGAAAGCUGUGAGGCCGCUAAGAUGGACGACAACCAGCUGGAGUCCAGUUCUCAGACCCAGACUGGCCUCGACGAGUCACCAGUCAAACAGUGCAGCCUCACACAGAAGCUCAGUCAGAUGCUGAUGUUGCCGACGCCAGCCGACUCGGACCAGGACAGUGUGUCACCAUGGCAAUCGUCAGGCCAGGCGAGCGUGUACAGGCAGCGCUUGCAGGUCUUCCAGGAGGCCCAGCAGAGGCAGGCCCAGCUUGUCCUGAGGCUGCAGACCAAGGUAAUCCAGUACAAGAGCAGGUGUGGGGAACUGGAAGGUCAGGUCCUGAACAAGACCUCCGACUUGGAGAAGAUGCGAUUGUUGAUGCAGACCCACCAGGACUCGGCCCAGCGUCAGGAGCAACAUCUCAACACAGCCGUUUGCAGUAAGGCCGCUCAGCUCGAGGAGGAGCAGAGAAGAUGUGCCAGCCUCAGCCAAGUCAACUGUGUGCUGCGGGAGCAAUUGGAGCAGGCCAGCACCAUCAACCAGGGACUGGCCAAGAGCUUGCGGAAGGCCCGCCAAGAUGCGGAGCUGUGCAAUACACGCCUGCGCAGGGAGAAAGAGAUAUCUUCUUCCCGCCUGAGUCGCGAGCAGGCACGCGUCAGAACCUUGUGGUGCCAGGCCGCCUCCCUGAGGAACACCCUCACCCAGCUGAGGGGCUUUGCUGACAGGAAACUUUCUGACAUGCGAGGCGAGUUUGCCGUGGCCAGCCAGCAGCUUCACAUUGCCUGUCAGAACCUUCAGUUCAGGAGAGUGCCCGAGAGUGCCUGUUGUGGCAUGGAGGUGUCGGCACUGGAGAGGCAGCUCAAGGUCAAGCUCAAAGAGGCCAUGCAGCUUCAGGGUUGCUGGGAUGCUGAGAAAGUUGAGCUCAACUCCAGGGUUGUUGAGCUGGUGGACACAGUACAGCACCUACGCAGCCAAAACAGCGAGAAGGACUCCACCCUCAGUAGCAUGCAGACCAGCUUGGACAUGAUGGUGACGAGGAGAACUGAGGACAAAGCAGCGAUGGACGUUCUGCAUGCAGAGAACCAAGCCCUCAAGAAAAUGCUCUGCAGUGUCCAUCAGCUGGUUGCUAGUGAAGGUGAUGGCAGUGCGUCUGAAAGUGGUUCACCUCUGCAGAACAACACUUUGAUGGCUGUGCAGUUUGCUCUCUCCAAGCACCAGCAACAAGCUCAGGACCUUCAUGGCCACCUGGAUGUCGCCUUGGAGCAAGUGGACGUGCUGCAAGGUCAGCUGCAGAAGAGCGACUCUGAGAGGAGGGAGCUGGUGACAAGGAUCCAGGAAGUAAAUAAGGAAAGUCAGGAGGCCAAAAAGGCUCUGGAGGAAUGUCUCAGAGAGAGUGUCAGCUCUCGCUCUUUGCUGGAGAUAAUCUCGAGGGAGAAGUGCGGAGUUGAGCAGCGUUUGGCGGGAGUGCACCAGGAAGCGGACUGCCUGCGCACCAAACUGGAUGCCCUGCGGACUUCAUCGCUGGAGGUCCAGAGGCAGCAUGACCUCCUUCGGCAGCAGAGGGAGGACGCUGAACUGCAGCUGACACAGCAGCGCACAGAGUCUCAGCGAGGCGAGAGGAGCCUGGAGGAGCUGGAAGGGAAGUACUCUGAUCUACGUAGGGAGUUGGUGACAGUGAAGGAGUCGCUGAGUCUGGUCACUUUGGAGAAGGAGGUGCUGCUGGAGGACAAGGCCAGCCUUGCUUUGGCUCUUGGCAAGAUGGAGUGUCACAGCGCUACACAGGAGUCAGUCGUCACCAAGCUGCAGAAUCAGGAGGCGGAUUUGAAAGAUUCUCUGGCCAAGAUGGCCGCCCUCAGUGAAGGCUUGGCUAAAGACAAGGUGGAGCUCAGCCGCCUCCUGUUGAAGGCUGAAGCUGAGAAGGCGCAGAACAGUGACCAACGGCGGGAGGCAGAAGCAGAAAGAGUGUUGUCCCGGGAGGAGGCGUCGCAGCUGCAACAGGAGAAGAUGAACCUGCUCACAGAGAAGAAAGCCCUGGAGAGUUCACACCAACACCUGCAGGCCAUGUGCCACAAGCUGAAGGGAGACCUGGACCUUCUGCAGAAGGAGAACGCCCGAAACGUAGAGCAGCACUCUCAGGUGAGCAGACAGAUGCAGAGCGCGUCAGAGGAGCUGCGUGAGUGCAGCAAGCAGCUGGAGGUGCACACCACAGCCCUCAAGAAAGCCAGUGCCGACAGGGAGGAGCUGGCCAAGGACAAGGCUGCCCUGGAAGUCCGACUCAGCACGGUGGAGCGAAAGACAUGCAACCUUAUGCAGGAGAUGCUCGUGCUCAGAGCUGAGAAACAGUCCCUGGAGACUAGCCUGUUUGAGAGCCAGCAGCUUUCCUCAUCCCUGGAGGCCGAGUGCAACCGCGCGGAGGCCGAGCGGCAGAGUUUGCUGUCGGCUAAUGAGGCCUUGACGCGUGAUGUUGCACAGGUGCAUCUGGAUGCAGAGCGCCAGCUUGCUUAUGCUGCACAGGAGAGGAGCAACUUGGAGGAUAAGUUAGUCCAGGCGGAGAGGAACGCCCUACAGAGCCUGAAGAGUAGAGAUGAACAUCACAGAGAGCAGCUGGAGGCUGAACGCAGACUCAAGGAACAGCAGUGUGCUGAGCUGACGGAGCAGCAGGAGCAGCUGCGUGCUCGCUAUGAGGAGUCAGGAUCCCGCACCCAGAAGGAAGUGCAGCAGGCACGGGAGGAGCUGCACCGUGUACAGCGGCAGUGCAAGCAAAUCCUCCUGCAGGCCGAGAGCGACAAACAGGAGGCUUUGUCCCAGAAGGAGGCAGAGAACGCUGCCAUGGCGGAGAAGAUGUCAGGUCUGCAGAAGGAUCUGGAGUUAGCAACCUCAGAGCUGGAGUGCACACGGAGGGAGGCGCUCACCAAACAAGAACAGGACAAGAACGAAGUAUCCAUCCUCCGGCACGAGAUACAGAAGCUGCGAGCUGAGUUCGAGGCGUCGGUGAACUCUCACGAGGUCGCUGAGCAGGGCCGGCGUGAGCAGGUCCGAGAGCUAAGCCAACAGAACCAAGCCGCCCAGCACGAGCUGGAGGGCCUUCGUGUGCAGCUGCGGGAUGCCGAGGACAGACUCGGCCAAGGCCAGAAGGAGCUGACGGAGGCCCGCCGCGCCCUCCGGGAGUGCGCUCAAGGGCAGGAGAAGCAGCGGAAAGAGGCGCUGAACCUGCGGCGGCUCUUGGACGAUGAGACCAGGGAGAAAGAGGCCAUCCAAGCCUCCAACCAGGAGCUGAGAGCAUGCAUCAAGCGAGCCGAGAGCGACAACAUCAGCUUGAGGAGAGCAGUGGAGGAGAAGGAGCAGAAAGCGUCCAUUUUAGAGGUAUGCAAAAGCUCCAUGCACAAGGAGGCGUCUACUCUGAGGAGCAGCAUGAGGGAUCUGGAGAAGUCCCGGCUGCAGGCCCGCAGAGGACUGCAGGAGCUGCGCAGACAGGUGAAAGUCCUGGAAGGUGAGAAGAGCCGCCAGAAACAGAAGCUGCAGCACAUGGAGGCGCAGCUUUGUCAGGAGGAGCAGAAGGAGAAGGAGGCGCGUCGCCAGUCCUUCAAUCUAAAACAGAGAUUGUUGGAGAGCGAGGCCGCCAGGGAUGCAGCGCACAGUCAGGUUUCAGCUCUGCAGAGACGUGUAACGGAAAUGGAGGAGGUUGAGCGUCACAGUCGAGAGCUGCUGCAGGCCGGAGAGGCUCAGCAGCGGCUCACCGACCAGAAGCAUCAAGAGGCAGCCGUCAGGCUACGGAAAGCGCUGGAGGGCGCCACCAUGCAGAUCGGCGAGCUCAGCGCUCGUCUCGGCCACACUGAGGCUGCCGUCCAGGACCUAGAGCAGCAGCUGGGAGUGUGUGACGGCCAGCGUAGCGACCUGGAACACAAACUGUCCACUUUGCGCUCAGCGCUGCGCUGCACUGUGGGCAUUGAUGGAGGAGGACGCUCAAGCCAACGCUCCAUGUCUCCCAGGAGGAAACAUCUUCAAGGAGGAGACAGCCUGACUGUCUUCUCCACGUUGCGCGCUGAGAAUGAAGAACUGGACUUGGACUCCAUCCAGGCCGGCCUGCUGGACCUGCAGCGAGAACUGAGGGACACACAAAGAGAGCGAGAUGAGUCCAAGGCUCAGCUCAUCACUUUAAGCCAACAGGUGUUAGAGGUCCGAGACAAAUCUACCAACGAGCUCACCAAACUGCAGAAGUCCCUGAAACAGUUGAAGGAAGCUAACCGAGAGAUGACGGAGCGACUGCGUGAAUCCGACACUUCCCUUACCCUGUGCAGAGAAGCAGCUGAGCGGGACAAGAGGAGCUUUGAGGAGGAGGUGUUUCAGCUCAGGUCUGCUCUGCAAGCUUCCCAAGCUGAGUCCAAGUCACUUAGGGACAACCUGGAUCUGCUGCAAGGCUCACAGUCUCAUGCGGACUCAGAACAUCAGCAGCUGAAAGAAGCCCUGGAGGAGGCACAGAGCAGAACGGGGCGCCUCGAGCUCGGCAGGCGCUCCCUGGAGGGCGAGCUGCAGCGGGCCCGUCUCCGAACCGCAGAGCUGGAGGCGGAGGCGGGCAUGCUGCAGGAGAGGCUGGCGGAGGCAAGGAAGAAGCUGAGGGAGAGCGAGGACCAAUGCGCAUCACUGAGGGUCAGCGAGGAGAGGCUGAGCAAGGCACUUGCCCGGACGGAGAGACACGAGGGUCAGCUGAGCCAGCAGGUGAGCAAGAUGUCCGGCGCUCUCAGUGACCAGCGGGCCUGCGAGGGCAGGCUUCAGGAGCAGAACAACCAGCUACAGCGAGUGCUGACGGCCAGCGAGCACGACCGACGCCUCCUGCAGGAUCAUCUGGAUAAAACCCAAGACGCCUUGUCGGAGAGUAAGAAGCUGAACCACUCGCUAACGGAGCGGGCCCAGGGGUUGCAAAGAGCCCACGAGGACUCUGAACUGAGGAAUUCUGACCUGGAGAAACACAACCAGACCCUGCAUCAGAGUCUUAAGCGGCAGCAGCAGGAGGCAGACCUGGCAAUGCGGGAAAGCGCUGAUCAGCUGCAGGGCAAGGUUGCACAUCUGCAAGGUUCUUUGCACAAGCUGCAGAGGGAGAAGGCCAACAUGGAGAAAGUGCUGACGCGUCUUGGAAAAGACAAAGGUGCUCUCAGGAAGACGUUGGAGAAGGCAGAGAUGGAGAGGCUGCGAACGGAGGAGGCGGCGGCAGCGGCCGCCAGGGAGACGCAGCAGUCGGGCCAGGCGCUGGUUGGGCUGGAGCGCCAGCUGGCUGAGAGGCAGGACCAGGUGACAGCUCUGCAGGCCCAUAUCAGCCAACUGGAGCACACUCAAGCACAGCGCCUCCUGGAGGUCACUGUCCGCCAUCAUCAGGAGCUGGAUGCCGAGACGGAGCGUCUGCGCGGCGCUCAGCUGCAGGCCGAGGAGGCGCUGGAAAGCAGGGAGAAGGCCCACCGCCAGAGGGUUAAAUGUCUGGAGGAUCAGGUGUCCACUCUCAAAGAGCAGCUGGACGAGGAGACGCUGCGGCGGCGACAGGCUUACGUCAAACACAUGAUGCAGCCCACCGUGCACUCAAGUAUGUAGCACCUUCAACCUGGCAGCCAACCAGCGACGCAAACAAACAUUCCCACGUGUGCUGGUCGGUGGCAACACUUGACAAAAACACCAAAUAAGUUUUGUUUACGAGCGGAUGGCAUGUGCUUAAUUGUUUUAAGAAUUUCCUCUGGCCCUCAAAACGGUCUCACUGUUGAGCAGGUCAAAAACUGUAUUAAGCUUUCUAGACUCUAAUUCCUGCGUGGAUUCAAAUUGGUAGAACACAUUUUAAAAAAAUGAAAAACAAAUAACAAAAAAAAGCUAUAAAAAUAAUACUAUGCAGAGGCAUUCCACAUACAUACAGGUAUGUACUCCGAUAAAUUAUUAGUACUGUACAAAAAGAAAAAGACAACUAGUUACCGGCACUUUAGUUAACUUUUUUCAUUUCAUUGUGUCUCCCAAGAGUUAGGCAGACUCUUCUGAUGCGUCAAACAAAAAGGAAGAGAAACUGAAAAGUGAGGAGAAAUUAGACAUCGUAAACUCCUCAGAAAGUAGCUGCAUGCCCGAUCCAAGCUGCUCAAAUGAUGCUAUCCUUGAACAUGUGCAAGGAUCUGCGUCUAUGAAAUGGAUGGUGUUAACUAAGCAGUGUCGUGGUCUCAUUAUUGAGACUUCCUCCUCCCAAUAUGCCUGUCUCUCCCUCCCUUGCAUCGCCCCUUUCAAUGUGCAGGAAUAAAAGUACGGAAUUGUUGUCUUUUUUAUUGCGGUUUCAUUUAAUUUUUGUAUUUAAUCUUUUUAUUACUGCAUUUUAUGUUCUUCAUGUUUUUUGUGUACAGUGUGAGUGACUUGGGCGUAAGGUAGAAGUUCCCACUUACACUAAAACUUGACUUACAUCAUAGGUACGGAACUGGCACAUCAACCGAGGACCUCCUGUAAUUGUAAUGAAAUGUAAUGAUAAUUUUUUUAUGGACACAUAAUAAUCUGAUAAUCUACAGGUUGAAUUCAGUGUUUAAAAGGGUUUAAAAAAGUGUUGAAAUGACAUAUUUCUGGUUGACUAGUUGGUUUGUUACUUUGCAAAAUGAAAUAUAAUGUCCACAGACAUGCAUAUAAAACUAUAUUUUCCUUUCAUUUCUAUUUCUUUUGCUACAUGACCAAACUCUUUGACCACCAAAACAUACUUCUUACAUCACUACAUGUGCAACCACAGCAUACCAUUUGAGACCUCAGUUUAUUGAACAAUUUUUCUUUUUCUUUGCCUUUUUUUGUGUAUUUCCUAUGGGAUCUAUGGUUUUUAAAUCAUAGCAAAUCACUUUUGUGUUGAAUACUGAAAGGCUCCAUUAUAUAUGUCCAUAAAUAUGCAAUUUACAUCAGCGGCAGGGUGUUGAAACAGCUUUAAAUUGAUAUUGAAAAGUAGAAUUGGACAUUUGGACAGGGGUGUUCAAACCUUUUCCACUGACGACCGCGUACUGAAAAAUCAAAGGAUGCCCCGGCGGGCCUCUUCGAUAUAUUUUUUUAAAUUGUUUUUAUUUUGUAAAAAACUGCUAUACAGUGGAACCUCGGUUUGUGUGUUUUUCAGUUAUUGUCACACCAAAAUUUUGCCUCGAUUAGUGUGCAAUAUGGCGCGCAUCUUGUCACGUUAUUAAUGCACUGUGUGAGUCCAACUGUGUUCUUAGAGUAUUUUUUCACAAAACAUCCUCGUUAGCAGCCUACAAGCUUGCUAAUACACGGAAACCGUAAGUCAGCUCUGGCGCCAGUAAAUGAUGUCAUCAGCUGUUGACUGUAAUUCUUUGCGAACUAACACAGUUACGCCACAAGUCUCAAAAAUGUUAACACAAAAGACGUUUUUAUAGUUGUACAUUUUAGUUUUACAUGCAUAAAGCAAUUCUAAAUGUAUAUAAAUGAGGAAUGAAAGGGAUAAAUGAACAUUUAAGGUUACUUUUACCUUCACUGAAGGUGUGAUUCUUGCCAAAGACACAAUGCAGCACGAUCAAAACAGACACCACCUUCCUGUUUUGCCAUGACUCAUUUCUUGAAUUCAAUAGUGGUUCUCACCUUCUUUAUCAAAAUGAUGACACUUGAAAUUUUCUUUGGCUCUUUUGGGUUAUUUUGCAGCCAUGAUCAAAAAAAAAGCAGAGACUUGAGGUGAGAAACACGAUUUAAUUCAUUAAAUAACUCAUAGCAAAACAGGAAUGUGGUGUCCGUGUUAAUCUCGCUGCCACAUCGUGUCUUUGGCAUAAUUGUAAAACUACAAAAAUGUGUUUUGUGUAAACAUUUUUGGCUUUCUGGAACGACUUAAUUGGAUUUACAUGAUUUCUUAUGGGAAAAAUGUAUUCAGUUAGACUCGGAUAAUGAUGUUAACCAAGGUUCCACUGUAUAUUUAUUUAAACACAAAGCUUUGAUUGGUGUGAUUAGUAUUUUUUCUGUAUGUGGUGUCUUUUUGCUUUAUUUUUCUCUUUUUUUUAUUUCUACAAUAUACCAUGGGCUAGUAAAAACGAGCCGCAAAUGGUCUGCAGGCCACACUUUGGACACCCUGCGUUAGGACAAGGUGAUUAUUUGAAUCCGAGAGCGAUCUAUCAACA